AUGGACAGGCUUAUCAGCUUAGAGCCCUCCAACCUCGUACCUGUCCGCAUCGAACACGGCCACAAAUGUUCAGGCGAGCUCACCUUGCGCAACGUCAUGUACACCAUGCCUGUCGCCUUCCGGCUUCAGCCGCUUAUCAAGACCCGUUACACUGUCAGGCCACAGUCGGGGAUUAUAUCUCCUCUUGCAACGUUGACUAUUGAGAUUGUUUAUCAUCUCCCGCCUGGCUCCAAUCUUCCGCACUCGUUCCCGCUCUGCGACGACUCGUUCCUCUUGCACAGUGUGGUGGUUCCAGGAGCCGCGAUUAAGGAGCCGUCGUCCAUGUUUGACGCCGUCCCAAACGACUGGUUUACGACAAAGAAGAAGCAGGUUUUUAUAGACAGCGGCAUCAAAAUCAUGUUCGUCGGCUCGCCGGUUUUGGCUCAGCUUGUGGCUGACGGCUCCAUGGAUGAUAUUCGGGACGUUCUUGAGAAGAGUGAGCUCGAUUUAAAGGCGGUGGAUUCGGUGGACAAGCAUGGACAAACGUUGCUUCAUUUGGCGAUUGCUCAGAGCCGAGCCGAUCUUGUGCAGUUGCUUCUAGAAUUUGAGCCGGACGUGGAGGCUCAAAACCGUUCUGGGUCGAGCCCGCUUGAUGCGGCGAUGGCGGCUGGAGAAUCCCUGAUAGUGGAGCUGUUAUUGGCUCAUCGGGCUAGUACAGAACGGUCGGAGUCCGCUGCUUUGGGUCCGAUUCAUCUUGCCGCCGGCGCCGGUCACAUCGAUGUGUUGAGGCUUCUAUUGCUCAAGGGGACAAAUGUGGACGCGCUCACGAACGACGGGAACACGGCUUUGCACCUCGCCGUCGAGGAGGGAAGAAGGGACUGCGCCAGGCUUUUGUUGGCAAGCGGUGCAAGGACUGAUGUCCGUAACACCGGAGAAGCUAACUCGUCGUUGCACAUCGCGGCUAGCUUAGGCGACGAGCACAUGGUGAAGCUGUUGCUACAAAAGGGAGCCAACAAAGACAUCCGAAACCGGGCCGGAAAGACCCCCUACGAAGUGGCGGUGGAGUACGGCCAAAAUUGGCUUUUCGACGCGCUGAGGCUCGGAGACAGCCUCUGCGUUGCUUCUCGGAAGGGCGAAGUGAGAACAAUCCAAAAGCUGGUCGAGAACGGCGCAGCCAUCAACGGGCGAGACCAGCACGAAUGGACAGCGCUGCACAGAGCCUCAUUCAAAGGAAAAGUAGAUGCAGUGCGAGCUCUAAUGGAGAAAGGCAUUGACAUUGACGCUAAAGAUGAAGAUGGUUACACGGCGUUGCACUGUGCGGUGGAGGCGGGGCAAACUGACGUCCUAGAAAUGCUUGUAGAGAAGGGAGCUGACGUGGAAGCGCGAACCAACAAGGGCGUAACUCCGCUGCAAAUAGCAGAAUCUCUGCACUACAUUGGCGUCACAAGAAUACUCAUCCAUGGCGGCGCUACCAAAGAUAAUAUGAUAGCGCUUCCCGCACCCGCCAGCGGCGGCAGCCCGAUUCCGUUUGGAGACAAAAAGAUUGCCGCAAAAGAGGCGGUGGUGGGGGACGUGAAGAAGAAGAAGUCCGGUAGAGCUAGAGCACUUCGGAGUAGCUUUGAUCGGUCACUGCCGUUAGCGGUGCUCUAG